ACAAGCGUGCUUCGGUCGUUAUAGGGAUCCUUUGGCGUUUCGUCGUUAUCGUAAAUGAUAUCGGCGAGCCAAGUAAUCGAGGGGAGGAAGGGGAACGCGAGGAUAGCACGGGCGAGCGAGUAAAAAGGGCCAAUUGCGAUUAAUUGGUGAAUCGGGAUACCUGCGAUCGGAACUCUGGAUUUGAAGGGGCGCGUGUCGAAGAGGAUGCACGCAAGAAGUACGAGCAGCCCGCGAGGAUUCGUACACGUCGGGAACACGCAUCGGUCGCGGUCGCGAUUCCUCUUCUACAGGCGGUAGAGAGAACAGGAACUGUUCGGUGAACGAAGAAGGACUUCCCGUGUGUGUGGAGAAUCCGGAUGCCGGCACGGAUGAUAGUCGCACGUCUAGCCGUUUCAAGCCUUUAAAUGGUGCAUCAUUCCGAGGACCUUAGCCGUAGUGAAACAUUAGGUACGCAUAGAAAGUGUCCGAGGAAAUCUAGAAGACCAUAGUGGUCCGUCGUAUUCGUCGUACGUGAGACCGAAUGUAAACGAUCGACAUCGAGAAGAGUGCCAUUCGUCCACAUGUAAAACUCGGUCAGAAGUUUUCGUUCGGUAGACGAUCGUAGGUGAGAUCGUGUUCGGUUCCCUUUGAGAAAGGGAAAUACGAACGAAGGAGGAACGAAGGAAGGAAGGAAGGAAGAGGGAAAUGCGUUCGCGGUAGAAAUCAUUGCUCUGCUCGAACACGGUGAAUCUUGUGCGGGGGUCUGCGGGUCGGCGACAGGGGGUCGAGAUCAGGGAGAGGAAGUGUCUUCGAAGGGCGGCGAGUUCGGAACGUUGACACGAGGGAACGGGACGAUACGGAGACGGACACGAGGCGCGGUUGCGAGAGACCGCGUAUCCGCGGACGGUGCAAACGGUGAAAACGAAAGCGCGAAUGGCCGAGAACAGGGUGAGCAGGGUGGUUACGGCGGUCCAUCUCGCGGGUGAGAUCGAUCCUGAGACAGCGACACCGGGUUGUUGUUGGUAAUGGGGGGUUUAGGCGAGAAUGCCUUCUCCCUGUCGCCGCCGUCAUCGUCGUUCACUACCUUCUCAACAGGUUCCCGUCGUGGCCGUCGCAGCCUCGUCUCGUUCAAGUAUCGUUGGCCAGGAACGAGGAGGACCCUUUGCACGGACGCACCCGUUCACCCGAACCCGGUCGUCGUCGCCACCGCGGGAUCGGCUCGCGUUACCGGUAGAUUUAGAGAUAGAAGCGAGCAGCGGAUCGGUGGUGGUGAUCGCCGAUCGAUACCGAUCGAUACCGGCGUCGAGGACAGCCGGCUCGGAGAAGCGGAAGAAGCGACGAAUCUCGGUGUCGAGGAGACGAAGAGGAGCGAAAGGAGCAGGAGAAGGAGGUGGUGGUGGGGGUGGACGAGGUGACUCGCCGCCGAGAUGCACCAGGUGUCGUACGGAGCAGGACUCAGUUCGAACGCCGCAGCAGCAGGUCGAAAAGAGAGGCUCUGGGGGAGGAAAGAACGCCGGGAACGGCAUCGCGGCCGUGGUCACCGUCAUCGUCACCGUCACCGGCGUGCCGGUGCAGUCGCUGUCCCCGCGACACCUUUCGAUCCCUCGAUCGAUCGCACCAGAUCGUGUCGAGAACAACGACAUCGUCUAUCGUCCACCUCUCGUGUCCCGUCCGGAUACAGAGGAUCGCUCCUGCCGUCCAACGUCCUCCUGAUAGGAUUGGCGCUCUGCUGCCUGACCCUGUCCCCGGUUGAACCGCGGCAGAACCAUCGCCAGACCUGCCCGGGGUGCCCGCAUCAACAACAACAACAACAUCAUCAUCACCAGCAACAACACGUUCACGAGGCCCACUACCGGGGCGGUGGUUCCGAGAGGAAGGAGACCGCCCCCCCUACCCCGGACGACCUCAGGCUAGAGGCCAUCAAACAUCAAAUUCUUUCGAAACUUGGCCUUACGACGCGGCCGGACGUGAACCGAACUUUGGCCACGGUACCUAAGCAAUUAGCCCUCGAGACCUUGUACAGAGCCGAGGCCCAGUCGUCGUCGUCGUCCCGUUACCCCUCGCCGGACGCCUCGGUCCGAAUCGAUCGCGAUCGCGAGAACGUCUACUCGGCCGAAUUCCUCUACGGUGCCGACGAGUACUCCUAUAAAAAUCUCGAUCAACGCGCCGACAGCUCCGCGAAGGAGAACGCGAGGAUCGCGUCCUCGUACCGGGGAUACGGGGAGCACGAGGGCCACGAUCCAGAAGAAGAGAUGGACGACUUCUACGCGAGGACCUCAGAGAUCAUCACGUUCGCUGAACCUGGGCGCACGCUGAAUGGGCAACCGUUGCUGGAAUUUCCAAUGUCGAGCGGCGAACCGGCCUUGGAACCCCUGAGAAUUAAGAGGGCAACGCUUUGGACGAGAGUCGAGUACAGGCACGCCCAUCGUUAUCAGCACCAUCGUCAGGGUCAAAUCAACCAAAGAAACAUCACCCUCUGGGUGUUCAGGGUACGCUGCGGUAACGUGACGCACUUGCGUGGAAAGGAGCUCGGCCAACACCUGGAAAUGGUGACGUCGCUCGCGGUGAACGUCGGACAACUGGGUUGGCUCAAGUUCGACGUUACCAAGGUCGUGAACAGUUGGUACACGACGAGCAGGGACAGGGACAAGUUGACGCUGCUCGUCGAUUGCACCGGAUGCGGUUCGCAGCACGUCUACGUGUCGACGUUCGACGGGCAAUCGCCGCGCGUGAUCGAGUCCUCCCUCGACGCGAAAGGUACGCAAGAUCCGGACAGGCCUUUCCUGGUCGUACGCACGGAUCCAGCGGCUGUGAAGCGUGUCAGAAGGCGUGCGAUCGAAUGCAGCGGCGCUAUAAAGGGCCAGUGCUGCAAGCAGAGGUUCUAUGUGAAUUUCGCUCAGCUCGGCUGGGACGACUGGAUAAUCGCCCCACAAGGGUACUACGCGAAUUACUGCAGGGGUGACUGCGCGGCCGGGCACAGGACACCGGACACUUUUCUCAAUUAUUACACCCACGUGAUCGAGGAGUAUCGCAAGAUGGAUCGACUGGCUGGCAUGCAACCGUGCUGCGCACCCCUCAAGUUUUCACCGAUGUCGCUGAUCUAUUACGGUCCCGACUCCAACAUCAUUAAGAGAGACCUGCCGAAGAUGGUGGUCGACGAGUGCGGCUGUCCUUAAACCUCCGCCCGAUCCGCGUCCAAUUGCGGUUCGACCGGCGCGGUGUCGCCGUCGGAGCGACGACGCCUCGAAUUUUUACCUAACGUUCUUUUCGACGUUCCGUUCGCUCUUACUCGCUUAUUAUUAUUAUCAUUAUUAUUAUCGUUAUCGAGGAGACCUCGUAUCGAAGCGGAUCUCUCUGCUACUCGUCAUCGGCCGAUGCCGUGACAGAGACGUAGGGGCGGGAGUACGCUCUCGAGACGGUCCAAGUACGUCUGUGUAUAAAUAUUAGAAGACCGUUUUUCUCUCGUUGGCUUCGACGUUCUCGUUCGAACGAAACGAAUUCCUUGGUUUCGUGCGCGUGACCGUCGGUUUUAGGUGACGGCUAGAUGAACCGACGCGGUCCGCCUGCGAAUUAACAGCACGUUCGAACUUUUCGUCGUGAAAUUUCUAGCUAGUUCAAUGAAGCUGAAUUAUUUACGCGUUAUUAUACUGAUAAGAGUCGCCUCACGGCGAGGACAAGGGAGAAGACAGAGUGUGCGUGUGUGUGCGUGUGUAUGAGAGAGAGAGAGAGAGAGAGAGAGAGAGAGAGAGAGAGAGAGUAAGAGGUGACAAAAAUCUCGGGAAGAACGACGACCAAGUGGGAAGAGUAGAGAACGAGGGCGAACAGUUUGGUCGGCUCUACUGCCACCAGUUUAAAGUACGAAUGCCUCGUUUCUACGUGGUUAUUAGACUGUUAACUGGGAAUGACGAGAGUCGACACGUCUGCUAGCGUUUCCUUACGUCCAUUACGGUCUUUCGCUUUUUAACGUAUCGCGACACGUCCGCACUCUAAAAUUACAUUCCUUCCCCGACCUUUGCUGACCGAUUCCCGUACCAAAAGAGAUUCCGUCGAGAAAAGCGCUGCCCAGUUAACAGACGAGCGCAGUCGCGAUGAAACGAAAGAAAGUCAGUGAGAAAACUAAUGAAAGUAAAAAAAAAAACAAAAAAAGAGUGAUUCCAUAUUUACGAUUUAUGUAUUACAUAUGUAUAUUAUAUACACGUAUAGACGCGCGAGGUGAAUCAGCCGAGUAUAAAUAUUUAAAUAGGAGCGUAAAGUUUACGUGUACGCGUGUUACCGUUCACGUCUGAGAUUCAAUUAACGGGAUCCGGGCGUUAACGAUAACAUCUACGACGCGACUCAAUCUGAUUGCCUUGUUUUUUAUGCGAAACGUUUGAAAGUAUCGGAGAGGAUCGACGUAAAUCGAAUUAAAAGGUAUUAUCAUGAAACAUGCAUGCGUGCAUAAUAGGUCUGUACGUACGCGCGUACGCGCGACACCGGACGCGUGUACGCGUGGACGUAUCUACGUGUGUACGCGUGCGCGCGUGUGUCAUAUAAAUAUAAAAAGAGUGAAAUGUAAAUGCAUACACACGAAGGACGAUAUGUUCAAACUACCGGGGAUAGUAGAACUCGUGCUGGUUUGGGUGGGGUUCUUGCGUUCAACAGUUCAAACAGCUGCCGACAAGAGGGUUGUUAUUAUUUAUUGUUCGAAUCGAACGGAACGCGCGUGUCUGGUGUCAUAGUUCCCUGAACGAAAAGGGAAGCGACGGGAACAUCGCGCGCGUGUGUAUAAAUCCAAUACAUCUCGAAGAACUCGACGACGAAGUCUCGCGGACCGUGGGGUUUCGCGCGUGCGUUCGUAAAAAAUCUUCUACACAUUUCAAUUCGGCUGUAUGGGAAUUUGAUUUUGCACGAGGAUCCACUCAUGAAUUUCGUUCGCACGAAAGAGUACGCGCGUUCGCUAAAUUCGUAGCGUGCGCACGUCCACGCGUGAACAAGUGUACGCGCAACGUACCCCACGCGAUACUACGCGGAUCGCGUAUGAAAUACGCGAGCCUCGCCGGGAGACGAGAAUCGAGUUUCUGCAUUUACCGCGAUACUCUUUCGACGCUCUUUCUGAACUUAUACACGUAUUUAAUCGAACGAAAGAGUUUAAUAAAAAAACGCGCGUGUGCUCGCGAAAAAAAGUACUUACCGAGGCGAAAACCGAGGUUCGAACGGCGCUCGGAAGGAUUACAAAUAAUGAACAAUACAAAAUGACAAUAAUUAAUCGACGGUCUCGAAGAAGGCCUCGAACAACGGGACAACAAUUUUUUUAGGCGAACUAGCACGUAUUGGUCCACAACGUUUCUCCCCCUUAGACUUUUCAUUGGCUCACCGAGACCGAGGCGCGAGAUUUUUCACCAUAAUUAUUAUAUUAUAUAUUAUAUUAAAAAGAAAAAGAAAAACGAUCGAUAUUGUAUGCGCGUCGCGAUAGACGAGCCGAUCGAACGAAGAGACACGGUGAUUUUUAAAACACAAGAGAUGUGCGCGUAUAUUGAAAACUACACGUGGGGUCGGGUCGACCCACGCAGCCUUACUGGGCCUUACUAAAAUAUCGUAUCUUUGCAUCAUUAUUAAAAACUGUAUCUAUUAAUGUAACGAUAAAGCUUAAAUAUUUAAACGAUGAACGAACGAACGAACGAUCGCAGGACUGUGUGCAGUAAAAGAUGACGGAGGAUUGACGGUGAGGGGCGACAGAGAACGUGCAAGAACGAGGAGAGGACGAGAUAGGACGUGUUAUCCGCGUCUGAUCUGUUCGAUCUGUUCGAAUCUGAAAGGAGAAAAAUCGACGUGUAACAUAGUAGAUACGGACGGGAAAGGUUUUCGCGGAAGAAAGUAAAUAAGUAAUCGAUUAAAAAGGAUGGGAAACCGGAAUAUAUGAGAAGUAGCAGUCCGGUUUUUCGACGCCGAUCGUCAGCGUGUUCCUUUCGGAAUCGGAAAUUCUGUGCAAAUGAAGAACGAUAUUUUUUUCAUGAGAAGCAUGUAGUAGAAACGACGAGAUAAACGUAGCAAAAAUGUAUGGAUGCAUCCGGACGAGAGAAGGGGCGGGGGGGGGAGAGGCUAAUAGGUAGUAGGGUGAAAACGAGAGCGUUUCGAGUUCCGUCGCUUGCCUAAUCACAAAAGAUGAAAAUAAAAGACUAAUUGCGUCCAAAGUAGAGUUUUAUAAAGCUAAGCGCACGUUCCGGUGUCGUCGGAGCUUUGGCAGCACCUCAGUCUCCUUUAUUUUUUCCACAGUCAUCGCGCUCUGUCCUUUGCUUGUAACAAUUCACGUACCAUAGACAACACCAUCGCCACUGUUCGCCAUCGCUACUCUAGCCAUCGCUAUCCUUUCUUACCAGUACGUCCCGGAAAAUUAUGAUUAGAACCGACGGUGAGCACCACCAAUUACGAGUCUCGUUUCUAAUCUAUCGUUGCCGUCGCCACCGUUAUACGAUCAAUGCCACUGAAUCAGUGACAUCUCGUAUACUUCCAAUCGCUAGCACUGUCCUCAUUGCGUACUAUUUGUUAUCAAUGCUACGAAGAAUAAAACAUUUUCCUAUCGUCCCGAUCAUCGUUUCCACUGUCAUUAUCGCUAGAACUCGACGAGUUAACAAUUUAAACCCGAAUAGUCACGAACGCCAUUGUAACAUCAUUAUCGCUAAUAACGCCGGCCCUGCUGCUCUUGUCGCUGCUGCUGCUGCUGCUGUUGCUGUUGCUGUUCACGUUGCUGCUUUUGCUUCUGCUUCUGCUUCUUCUGCUGCUGCUGCUGCUGCUGCUGCUGUUGCUGCUGUCGUUCUUACAUAUUCUAGCGAUCUAAUCGUGCUGCUGCCAUUGUGACUAUUGAUACCCUCAGAUAUUAAAUAUAUAUUAUAUACAUACAUUAUAUCAUCUUUAUUACCGUUUGAUUUUUCAAAAAGAAUAUUUUUUCGCGGGAGGGGGAGGGGGGAGACGGUAGGGUUUAAGCCAGGAGCACGUAAGGGUCUCCGCAAAGCCUUCAACAAGCUCAAGGACUGUGUUUAUUAUCCAACUUUAUUGUAAAAUAAAACGGUAACGAUGCCGAUAAUAAUAACGACUAAUAUUAAUACCGAUAUUAAAUACACUAGCGUUACUAAUAACAAUAAGUACAAUGAUAAUAAUAAAAAUAAUUAUGAGGAUAAAAAACGAUAAAAUGAAGACGAUAAUUAUGAGGAUUAACCCUGUUACGAUUAAUAUCUUACUGUUACGGCAACUAUUACUACUACUCCUACUACUACUCCUACUACUACUAGUAAUAUUAAUAAUAAUACUCCUAUUACUAC